AUGAAGCUCUCCAUCGCCUUCCUCACCGCCAUCGUCGGCUCAGUCGUUGCCCGUCCCUCUUCCAACCUCGCUGCCCGUGUCAAGGCCCGCGCCGAGGGUACCGUUCGCCACAGGACCCAGCCCAUGAUCAAGGUCGGCACUACCACCAAGGAAGACGCCAAGUUUGUUGCUGAGUCUGCCGACAACACCACUGCCCAUGUCCAGUACUCAUCCAACUGGUCCGGUGCUGUUCUCGAACAGCCCUCAUCCGGCUACUUCACCACUGCCACCGGCCGCUUCACUGUGCCCACCCCCAAGCACGUUGGUUCUGGCGGCGACCAGGCUGCCUCAGCCUGGGUCGGUAUCGACGGCGAUACCUGCGGCUCCGGCCUCCUCCAAGCUGGUAUCGACUUCACCGUCUCCAGCAACGGUGCCGUAUCCUACGACGCAUGGUACGAGUGGUACCCAGAUUACGCCUACGACUUUAGCAACUUCCCCAUCAAGGCCGGCCAAGUCAUCCAAGUCGACAUUGUCGCUACUUCCACCACCAGGGGCACUGUCAAGCUCACCAACGUGAGCACCGGAAAGAGCGUUAGCCAGACGCUGAGUGCGCCCAGCGGCUCGACUCUGUGCCGUCAGAACGCAGAGUGGAUUGUAGAGGACUUUGAGUCUGGUGGUAGCUUGGUUGCGCUGGGUAACUUUGGCACGGUUGUCUUCACUGGUGCUAGUGCUGGGCUUAGCACUGGUGGAUCCGAGGGUCUGAUCAGCGCUACUAUUAUUGAUCUUAAGCAGGGUAACACCGUUUACACUGAUGUUGCUAUUAACAGUGCUUCGCAGGUUACUGUAAAGUACGUGUAA